AUGAACGAGGCGCCGCCCGACUACGACUUACGCGCCGGUCUGCCACUGGUCGGCACAUUUGUUACACUCUCUGAGGUCACCGAAGCCGACAUUCCAGCUCUCUACACAGCAUACGGCCUGCCAGCUUCGACGGCUGUGUUCAAGUACCUCCCGGGAGGCCCACCUUCAUCGUUUGAAGACUUCCACAGAUUCAUUGCCUCCAAAAUCGGCCUCAAAACCCUCUGCUUCCUUGCUGUUCGAGCCGAUCCCAAACAUUUAUCGUACGGAUCAUAUCCCGAGCCUGACGCCACCACAGCCUCCCACGCCCACAACGUUCCCCUCGGCAUUCUACCCCUCUACAUGACCGACCAAAUUAAUGGUUGCCUCGAGGUCGGCGCUAUCCUCGGCCCGCAGCUGCAACGUACCCCCGCGUCGACGGAAGCUAAUUACCUCAACCUCAAACACGCUUUCGAGACGCUUGGUGCGCACAGAGUGGCGUGGAAGUUUCUUGCGCGGAAUGAGAAAUCGCGUGGUGCGGCGAAGAGGAUGGGGUUUGUGAAGGAGGGGUUAGUGAGGGAGGACAGGAGGUGGGAGGGAGAAAGGGUGGGGCUGGAGCUGUGGGGAAUGGUAAAGGGUGAGUGGGAGGGUGCUGUGAAGAGAGGGUUCGAGACGUGGCUUGAUAGGGGGAAUUUUUGGGAGGAUGGGAAGCAGAAGAGGAGUUUGGAGGAGUGCAGGUGA